UAUCUCGAUUGCUCUAGAAUCCUCGUUAUCAGAAUAAAGCGGAGCGUGACGUCACGGGAGUUUGUGACGGCGGUACAGCAGCUCAAUGGCUUUCCUGACCUCAGGAUACAACGUAUCGUGAUUGGCUUGAAAGGCGUUGAAGUACGUUUUUGACACGUCGUUUUCGCGUUUUCUCCGGCGAACCAUGAAAUUUAACAGACCUUCUGCCUUGUGUCGUCAAUUGCGCUGAUUUCAAGAUAAGGACAUUACGAGCUUAGGACUCUCGCCCCCUCUUUGAUGCUUUUAAAAACGAGGUCCGCGACAGGGUUAGUUCAGAUAAGAAAAAAGAAGCGGAAGAGAAGAUUGCAAACACAAAGCACAAGAAAAUCAUUCACCCCUGUAUCAGUGAAAGCAGAAGUGUGAACUGUGACGUUGAGGAUUGUUGUAAACAUGUCUGUGGAUAUUGUGGUCAUUGUUUGUCUUGCGCUUCUGGUAGCGGUACUAUUCCUGACUCGUCCUGUGCGGGAAGCGAUCAUUUCCUCUCGACUCUACAAAAGAGGUUUCGCCAUCCACAUGAACAUUUUCUCAAGGAUCCAUACCCGAGCCAUUGCGCCGAAAAAAGAAGAACUUUUUAUGAGCUUGAAAAACGUACAAGAAAACAUUAAAGGCGACAUUUUGGAAAUUGGUUGCGGUACCGGCGCCAAUUUUCCAUUCUUCCCCGAGGGCAGCUCAGUCAUAGCUUUGGACCCCAACCCUAACAUGGGAGACUACUUUUUAAGAAAUGCUGAUGAGUUUCCCAAUGUAACGAUAAAAAAGGUUAUCACUGGAGUAGCAGAGGACAUGUCGGAUCUGGCAGACAAUUCCGUUGCGGCUGUAGUGUGUACGCUGACUCUCUGUUCUGUAUCCGACAUAGAGGCGACUCUACGAGAAGUCAAGCGAGUUCUUAAGCAAGGCGGAUGUUUUUACUAUUUGGAGCAUGUUGCAGAUGCUGAAGGCAAUUGGACGCGGUGGUUUCAGCAAGCUUUGGACAACGUGUGGAAAUACCUGAGCGAUGGGUGUUCUUGCGCCAGGGAUUCCUACAAAGCGAUCGACGAGGCGGGGUUUUCAUACGUGUUUCACGAGCGGUUUUACGCAUCGCGGUUAACUCGCUUGGCAUGGCUGAUGAGGCCACAUCUUAUAGGCUACGCUGUCAAAUAAAACUACAGCUAAGGUCAAGGAGCGGACGGAUGAAUUCAAAUUGGUCGCCCUAGGAGUAAUUCUCAAGGCGGAAAGUGGCAUUGACAAGCGUAAACCCUCGAAAGACUGACUUAUACUGAAAUAGUCGCAUGUAUCAAAGAAACCACAGAGAUACGUGACCAGACCGAUACGUGAAGCCAAUGACAGUGCGCUCUGCCCAUAUCACGUGGUUAUCACAUGAUUAUUUGAUGACCAGAGUUUAAAUGAUUUGACAUCGCGUCUUGCGAUCACGUGGUCAACAAUGGCGGCUUGCAGUAACUUAUAGGACGGAUCACCAGGCGUGCAGUGGCUUAUGGGUCACCAAGCGUGGAGUAGGGGUCUGGAGUAGCUCGAAUCGCCAGGCGUGCAGUGGCUUGUGGGACUGAUCACCAGACGUAAGACUGUAUACGAGAUGUAUUAGCUCAGAAUAGGCUUAAAACUUGUUAGGAACCAUAAUCAUUGCAUUCGAACAAUCACACGCUGAGAAGUGGAUCCUUUUAUCUUACUCCACAAGAAAUGUUUAAAUUAUUCAAUUAUCAUACAUAUAUUAUUACUAUAUUGAUGUCUGACAACAUUAAAUAUUAGGGGCGGCGGAGCGGUCCCAAACGCGGGAGAGGGGGGGGGGGGGGUGGUGGAAACAGAUGUUUAAAUGCCUCUGCUUGCAUCCUUAUGUUUGAAAUUUUGAAAUCCUGGAUCACAAGGAUCACAUGCACAGAGACGUCAUUCGCUUAAAGUGGUGGAAUGAGGGGGCGCUUUCUAAUGUGGGUGGGGCAGCGCCCCCUUGCCCCUCCACGCCCACAGCCACUGAAUAUUGUCCACAUUUCAGUUAUAGCGAAAAUGUAUAGACAACAAAAAUAUAUAGAUCCUCGCUAACUCGAGCUUUAAAGGGAGACAAAAACCAGUUCGCGUUAGCAGAGUCGAUAGAAAAAAUACAUAUACGUUGAUAUUAAUUUAAUAUAAAUUAUAAACAAACUAUCUAAUCUUUUAUCCAUAUAUGCGUGAUGAGACUCACUCAAGAAAAAAAAACAAUGGAAAACAAUAAAUAUAAACAUAGAUGAAAAAUUUGAGGAGUCAAAAAAUAGUAAAAUACAAAAAGUGAUUGAAGAAAAGGAAGAAUAGUUCGAGUAAGCGGGAAGUUCGAGAUAUACGGGUUACGGGUUAAAAUAAUUAUUUUAGCAGUGUUAUCAGAUUUUUAAUUUAUAGUAUAAAGAGGAUUGUGGAAUAAAUCAUUUUUAUACUA